AUGUUGUUUAACGUUGCAGGUUUCUCCAUAAAAGUUCCAUCUGAUCUUCCUUUAUCUGAUCUUCCUCUUCCGACAGUUGAAAAAGUGAAGAAAUUGGAUACUUCUGAAAAACUUAAUGAUUUUUUGAAAGGAAGACUUAACAACGUUGAUAAGCACAUAGAUAAAUUAACAGCUCAAGAAGUUAUUGGUAAAACUUUUCUUACUUUAAUACAAGAUGAUCUUUUGAGUAUUAACAUACCUCUUGGACUAGCAAAACAAAUUAUACAAUUGAUUAAUAACAUUCAAGGAGUCAAAGGUCAACCAGAUGCUAUACAAUGUAGUACUGAUACUACGCCACUAUUAUAUAAUUUGAAAUCUGACACUAUACUUUCAGUAGUCGAAGUUAAACCUGAACAGUUGAUGAGUGAUUUAAUAAAUGAUGAAAUUGAAUUGCUAAAUGCAUAUAACACAGCAUUGAUAGCGGAGGAUGAUGGAUCAACCGUGUAUAUUAAACAUAUGAAAAUUAUCAGAAUCGUGAGGCAACUUUUUGGUCACACAGAAGAUAAUACAUCAUUCCUUGAAUAUAUGUAUUAUUUUGAAAAGUUGUCUACAACAAAUCUAGUCGCACAUUCUUCACUAUCUAACACUGAUGGGUAUGAUAGGGAAAAUUCAAGACAUUUACGUUUCAAAGCUUCUAAAUUUGGAGUUCUCCAUGAAGCGUUUAUUUUUAUUCUUACAUUACUUGCUAGAGAAUCAUUUGCAAAUGUAAGUAAUAUCACAAAAGAGAAAAAGCAGUUAGCCAUUAAUAGCUUACUGGUAAUACAUGCAAGAGGAGUAAAGCAUGAGAAUGGUAGGAGAGCUGGACAUGGAAUUAGCUGA